UGAGAUGUGACAUAGUGACCCUUCUCUCCAGGCCACUGUCCAUCCUCCAGUGUGACUGGACUACCUGCUCCGUUACUGAGCGAGUCACGACAUUCACGCUAAAGUUCACAGUGCAGGUAGACCGUCUCCCAAUUACCCCCCCCUCGGUUUGCACGUGUGACUGCAAGCCUCUUUUGUCCCCAAAUUAGGCAGGCGGGGCAGCCCCAGUCCUACCCCCCUCCCCAUGCGACACUGCACAUGGUCCCUCUGAUCACCUAAUUGUUCAUUUAGUUCAUUACUAGCGGCGUCGAUGUUCAAGGAAGAGGCUGAGGCUGCGCAAGCCUGGGGAAGUGCCCCCCCCCCCCUCACGCUUUAACUGGGGCUGCUGUUUCCUGGAGCCUUUUAAUUCCCCCCUCACCCCUCCGGUUGCCACCCUCUUUCACAGGGGCUCUCUUUAUGGGGACACAAUACGUCCCCCACCCUCUGCCAGCUCCGGUUUGUCAGGGCUAUUCAGCUGAGACUGAUGGCGAUUGUGGCAGAUGGGCUCGAUGGCUGCCCGGCCCUUCCUGCUCUACUGUCUCUCCCUCCCUCUCUCCCUCUCUCUCUCUCUCUAUCUGAAUAGGCCCCCACAGGAGCAUCCUAUCCGUAGCGCCUUGUUCUCUCCCCGCCCCCCUAUCCUCCCCUCCCUGAAGGGUAGUUCCACCUUCAAAGCUGAGCGCUCUCUCUCCCAGAACACAUGUUACAUGUCCCAGAGGCUUGGGCAGAGGAGAGCGAGAGUGUGAGUGUGUGUGUGUGUGUGUGUGAGAGAGAGAGAGAGAGAGAGAGUGAGAGGGAAGAGGAGGAGAGGGAGCGAGAGGCUGUCAGUGACAGACCGGCUGAGGGACGGCGCGGUGUGAAGGUGUCCGUGCAGCAGGCAGGCAGGGUGGGGGGGGGCACGCUCUGGAUGUAAACUUCUUCCCGGGUCAGGGGAGUGGGCCGCCAUUGAGACCGCGGCCACAGGAUCACCUGUGUGUCAUCCGCAGCCCGGAGUCAGGAUGUGCCAGCGCGCUCCGGGGAGAAGCUGGCCGUGGCACGCCUCCAGAGGGAAGUUGCGCGGAGUCGGAGCCGGGCCACAAUGCGAGAGAAGCUGAUCCAUGAGCUGGAGGAAGAGAGACGGCAGCGACGGGAGACUGAGAAGCGUCUGCGUGAGGCGACGCAAGAGUCAGAGCUGGGCCGAGCACAGAUGGAGGCGCUACAGCAGCACUUCUCCAGGAUGGAAGAAACAGUGAGGACACUGCUGCAGAGCCAGGGAGUGCUGGAUCACAGGGCGGUGGACACUGUGGACAUCAUCAAGGCCUACAAGGAGAAACUGUCGGAGGAAACUCAGAAGCAGAAGGAGAGCUUGGAAGAGGCCCGACCAACAGAGGUGCCUAACAUGCAUGGAGAUACUAAUGCCGCAGAUGAGAGCUGCGAGCAGACCAGGCUUCUCCUGGAGCGCCUACAGGUCCUGGAGGCAGAGAACUCCGCCCUGUCCCUGGAGAAUGAGAACCAGCGGAAGCAGUACGAGCGCUGCUUGGAUGAGGUAGCCAAUCAGGUUGUGCAAGCCCUCCUCACUCAGAAGGACCUCAGGGAAGAGUGCCUGCAGCUGCGAACACGGGUGUUUGACCUGGAGCAGCAGAACCGCACCCUCAACACCCUCUUCCAGCAGCGGCUGCGCCCUGCCUCCGAUCUGCUCCUCCAGAAGCUGCACUCCAAGAUCUUGGGUCUGUCUUCCGGGGACCUGCUACUGGACAGCGAUAGGAACCGGGGUGUUCCACUAUCCCGCCACGCUGAGUCUCCUCCACACGAGGCCCAGCCGAGCGGGAGGGCGGGACUUCCCGUGAGGUGGCGUAGUCAGCUAAGCCUGACGGCGCCGUUGGCUGCGGCCUACCCGCGCAGCAGCUGCAGCAGCAGUGAGAUUUCCCUGUCCAGCGUCUGCAGCGAGUACUCCAGCGGCUCCUACACCUGGAACGACGGCAAGCUGUCAUCUCUGACAUGGGAGAAGAGGAUGAACCUGGGCUCCUCGGCACCUGGGAACAUCUGCAACUCUCCUGAGGAGCAGCCCCCUACUCAGAGAAAGGAGUGCCAUAUCCUUGCAGGGCUAAAGAGGCUCCAGAAGCGACUGCCUAAGGAACCAGGCUCCUUGUUCUCUAAGCCGGGAUACAAAGACUGCAUGAACUCCAACGAGGGUAUCUACUCUCUGGGAGUCAAGUACGGUGCCCAAAGCAUGCCUAAGCCUUCUGUCACUGGACGGAUUGGUAUGCUUGCAGUGAGGAGCAAGACAUUCGCUUAUGAUUCCGAUGACGCCGAUGAUGAGUCUCCUCGCGCACCUGCCCACCUGAGCAAAGACUCAUGGGUCUUCUCUAAGAAGCUGACGCACAGUGUGUCCGACAGCCUGUGCAGCUGGGAUGGAGGGCAGGAUCAUGAACUAGGGGAUGAUAAGACCCCCCCUGGUCAGAAAUCUAAGCAGCCUGCCGAGAAACUCACAACCUUCACCAGUGGAAUCCUCUCUGGUAAGACUAUCCACGAUCCAUCUCUGUCGGACAACAAACCUGGUUCCACGGAGGUCAGCUGCUGCCACCACCUCUCAGACACGAAUGAAUUCGACUCCAUGGUGGAGAGCACUGACAAUCAUCUCGCUGUUAGCUGUCCAGCAGAACGGCUUGAAAGGUACCCCAAGAGGCUUUCCGCAGAGUUGAACAAACUGCCUACAGACCAGGUCCAGCGCCGCCCUCUCAGCCAGAUUAUGCUUCCAAAUAGAACUAAUGACUUACAGGCAGAGGAGCGCGUUGCGGUGAUAUUUGAUGCCGAGGAUGGAGAGCCCAUCCAGCUGAGUGUACAGCCCACUGUGGCCAUGACUUGCAGUGAUCUUCCUGAAGAUGGCCUACAAAAUGUGCCGACUACCGAGAGUCCCAGGCUGAUGUCUCAUGCCAGCCCUGACGGUCUCUCAGGAGGCCCUGCAAAGAAUUACACUGUCUUAGAGUCUUCAGAUGUGCCGGUGCAACAGGCUCCCAGUACAGCAGGUACAGCUGCCACUUUUCAGGGCCAGAGCACUGGCAGCCCUUCUGAGCACCAGCAGAAGUUUGCUGCUCAGCAACAGAAGCUGAUAAAGCCUCCAUACAACCAGAGCAACAAAGUCCACCCUGCUUCAGCUAUGCAAGGCGCCUCCACCCCCAAGACUAACCUCACUAAAAUCCCCGGGCGAGGGAAGGGUUCACCACAGAAGUUUGGAAAGGGAGCCAAUACUGAGAUAAGCAACAACGGCAGCAACCCUGGUCCUGCUGCAAAAGACAGGUCACCUGUAUCACCCCCGGUAAAGCUGUCGAGAUUUGUUAAGUCGACUGGGGGCAGUCAGGUUCAGAGCGCAAAGGGAACUCAGAUGAGCUCUAAGCUCCCAUCCAGGAAUGAUUCUGGUAAAGGUAUGUUCUUGCCAGUCCCAAGCUCUCCACCUCCACCCAGGAAGCAACUGGAGAACGAUGACAUUGGGGAACUGCCUACCCGAGAUCAGCACUGUGAUAGUGCACAAACUGAGCUCAGGUCCCCUUCCCCUCCAACCCCUCCUGGUCGCUCCACAUCGUUACUGAUCCGACCAAACUAUGACAACUCUCAUCAAGCACUUAAGCUGGCGGCUCAACCUCCUGCACCAAGCACUGUGAGGGGACCUCCUACAGGUCUCCAGAAACACCCGCAGCCUCCACCAUCUGCACCUAAUAUACAACAUCCGGGAUCUCACAGAGGUCAAGGCGCUACAGACCAUGACUUGAGCCUCAUGGAGGUGACACCUCAGAAGCUGGUGGAUAACCAAUCCUUAGCAAAGACCUCUACUUUAUGUCAGACCCCCACAAAAGUGUCCCCAAAGUGGGUCCCCCCAAAACCAUCCCACUCUAUAGCAUCAGGUUACACACCAGACCAUAGUGAACCUGUACCUAAAGGUUUAAAGAAUUUUCCGACCUCCUUGCUUACCUCCCCAAAAGAUUCGCUGCAGGGUCUGUUUAAUGUAAAGAAGAGUCUGCCUCUCGAAAAUGGCCAUCCCUUGUUAUAUAAGGCGUCCAGCAGCUUGCCUUUAUCUUUAGAAGGCCACCAGCCAUGCCUGACGGAGCAGGGUGGACUUUCGGCAGAGGCUCCUAAGACGCCAUUGAGCUACUCGGGAUCAGAAAACAAAACCCAGGGCUCUGCGGAGAAAGCAUCAAAAACCCGCUUACCUAUCGGCUUAAAAGCUUUGGUGAAGUCGCCCUCUCUGCUGAGCAAAAGCUCCACAGUGCCAGGAAAGCAAGAGAAGGAGCAAGUGGCCGACAGCAAUGGGGGUGCCUCAAAGCCAUGUGGAUCACCGCAGAGUACCGUAGCCGGAAAGCCGCAGGUGGAGAUGAGCGAUGGGGGGCAUGGUGGCUCUGCGGACAGGGGCAUGUUCGCCCGAGCAUCAGCCGAUAGCAGCCUGGCCUUCCCCAGUGAGGGUCGCCUCUUCAAGCGCUCCGUUUCAGUUACGACCAAGCCGCAUUUAAAGCCCGCAUUAGGAAUGAACGGGGCAAAAGCACGAAGCCAGAGCUUCAGCACUAAUUACAUGGAAAAGCCCUGCAUGACCAUCCCUGAGGGGGCUGAGAAGGUGAGGACCCACAUCAUAACAAAUACUGGUGAGAGGGGCAACUCCUUGACCAGGCAGGGCCCAUCGACACUUGGUGUCCAACUGAAAGCUUCCAGCGGAGCAGUGGAGGGCUCUCACCAGCAUCUUAACACCCGGCCGGACUCCCAUCGGGCCAUGAGCAGCUCCUGCACUCCCCCUGGUGUCUCAGGAAGAAAGACCUCUCUGUCUAACCCAAAGGAGGACGUUUCCAAAGCCGAGGGUAAUGUGUCACUUCCCCAGAAAGAAGUCUGUGGAUUAUCUCCCACAAACAAGUUUGGCCAUAAAUCCUCCAAGCAAUCCGGAAAAGUGUCUUCCCAGCCUCAGUUUGAGUCAGCUUCCUCUUCGGGCCACGGCCCGGACUCGAAGGCAGAAGGGUGCAGCAGCAAGUUGCUGAGUCCCAGCAAACCUCACAUGGUGAAGAGUGGGAAGAGGCCGUCUCCUAUCAGCACAGGGCAGGAAGAGCCCGAGAAAUGCACAAGUCCGUUGGCCAGCACCAUAGAGGAGAAGGUCAUGAUGGGUAUCGUGGAGAACGUGCAGAAAGGUCAGGGGCAAGACAAGGCCCAGGCUCCUGAGAGCAAGCAGAAGAGCAGCUCGUCUCUGGCUAACUGGUUUGGCUUCCGCCGCAGUAAAUUGCCAGCUCUGGGUGGCAAAAAGGCCGAGGUUCCCAAAGAAAAGGCGGAGAAAAAAGAGCUGAAGCUGGGCUCGGUGCUGGGAAGCAGGCAGGCUAAAUCGGAGAAAAAGAAGGAUAAGAGAAAAAACGAGACCUGGUGCAGAGAUAGUCAGGAAUAUAAUGCUGAGAACGACGAUGAAAUAGGCCCUGUAAUGGACCAUCAUGUUCCGAUAGGACAGCUGAUCAGUCAGAUCCAGCGUCCUCCUGCCCACACUGCAGCAGAUCACUUCAGGAUGGAGCUGCUGAAUGGGAAUGUUGCCACGAGUGGUUCCCAUGGUGCCGGCCUCCCUGUCAUCAUCACCCAGGGCGCUGCCGUGAAGAACAGCGAAAUGAAGAAGGAUCUGGAGAUGGCCGCCGACGGCACGAAGAUCAUGCUCAAGGCUGGCCGUGAUGAGGACCCUGCUUCUGAGUCACCGUGCCAGGACCACCUUCCCGGCUCCAGCUGUCAGAUGCGAACUUUGGACAGCGGAAUUGGAACCUUCCCCCUUCCUGAAUCCGUCGCUCGGGUGCCGGGGCGGCAUCUUCCAAAAACAGAAUUCUGCCCCAGGAGGGCAUCAGCCGAUCCCACUGAGCCCACCCAGGACCUUCCUCUUCCCGCGCUGCCUAAAUCCAAAGUGCCUUCCUGCCCUGGGACCUGCCUCAAUCACUCUGUGUCGUCCCCCAGCGUAUCUGGCAGCAGUAUGACGGACCCUGUGAGCUGGACCCCCAGCACUGAAUCCCCAGGCGCUGUGCUUCCUAAGCGGCUGAACCAGACUGUGUACAACCCAGGCCCGGAAGACCAUAGCAAGUGCACCGAUGCGAGGGGCACCAGGCUGGACCACAAUGUCUCCACGGACAAGGCGCUGCGGGUCUGCCUGUACUCCGGCAGCAGCAGCGAGCCCGAGGACGACCCAGAAAUUGACAUGGAUUUGAGGUGCCGACUUCCACACAGUAAAACCAAGAAUCUCACCCAAGCCGAUGGGGACCAGGAAGUGAGAGCCCAAGAGAAAGUGGGUGUUCACUGGUCCAUCAUGGACUACUACCGACAGGAGUUGCUCGUCCGGUACGGCGACGACAGGCACGCGGGGGUCUCUCCAUACGGCUUCCUGAGCAAAGACGACAGACCAGAGAUGGACACCGGUCACUGUGCUGCUAGGACGAGCCAGCCGAGUGAGGUGGUGGAUGGGGACCCAAGGCCUGGCGUCAUCGCUUCCCGCUUGGAAUCCCUCAACGAGAGGAACAGCAGCGGCAAGGCAUUCCGGCACAGAGAGCACGGUGCCGGUGGAGACGGACCCAGGCCCGGCAGAAUGGAUGGCCGCUCUGACAAGGCUGUUGGGGGAAUCUUAGGCUCGCUGAGCGACUCGCUGUAUGAUAGCUUCUCGUCCUGUGCCAGUCAGUCCUCCGCUGAUGUGUAGGGCUGGUCCGGGAGCUGGCGCCGUGAUGCGCACCACUUACAAAAUCAGGGUAGACGGGACCACUGGUAACCACAGGAGAUCUGAAGAUGUUUGAGGACAAAUGAUGAGCAUGGCUCACAGACAGAGAACCGGGAUGGUUCAACGUGGAACCGUCACGGACCUGGCCUCAUCAGAGUAAAUACAGAGUGACUGCCUGUCAUUGCACUGUGACGAACACUGUACAUAGUUUCUUAGGAAUUCAAAGUGGAAACAUAUUCGUAACAACAAUAACAAGAAAACACAAAGCAAUAGACAUUAUCAGCUGGUGCUGUCAUUCGCGUUUACAAAUGAGCCUGUAAUAAGGCGGGACAUAUCUCUUCUCUUUCAAUAUCAUGAUAAUUACAGGAAUAAAUCACAGUAAUUGGUGUGUUCGGGUGCCACUUCCGGAAUUUGUAGCGAUGCCACAGCGGUUAUCUGAGUGACGCUGGGAAAAAGAGCGUCGGUCUGUGAGCUCUCACACCUGUCUAUAGACCCCUCCGAGCAUCUGUUUACACAUAAAUUGCUUUUUUUUUUGCAAUGCAGUCUCAGUAUGGAAUGACCUGCCGAUAUGAGCAGACUUUCACGACCAGCAAAAACGGCGCUAAUGCUAACACUUUAUGCUAAGUGACCCGUAGGACCAUAAAUUCAUAAGACAGCGUCCAAUAACUACUGAGCAGUUACGACCUGUGAAUUAUGUCAAACUGUGCCAACCAAAAGCUUCCGCGUCCUUCAGUUGUUAGCUCUUGGUUUUCCGUUCCUUAUUGUUCUUGCACACGAGUUGCUUACUGCGUCAUUACAGCAUAAUUACAUGUCAGUUAGGUCACACUGCGGGAAGUUUGGACACAGCAUUCUCUGGAGAGAUCGAGCCCAAGGCUGUAGCUCAGGGAUUAAGCAGCCGACGUGCUUCUUGGCAGCGAUGGUGCAGUUACCAUGUUCUUCUUCCUGUGCACGGGGGGCUCUGGGUAGAGAAGCAGGCUAACGUUACCUGCUUCUUAUUUAAUGUUGUUUUUUUUAAUGAUUGUUUUCUAUGUGAGGGUGUAGAUAUUUUAAGACAAAAAUGCUUUGCUGUCCUCCUGUAAAAUCUGCUGUCUCCCUGCCUAUAUCUGGUGUAUUUGGCCUUGAAGAAUGUCAUGCCAAAAAUGGAACAUCUGGCCAAUCGAGCCUGGUGCUACUCAAAGGUGCAGCCCGCGUCUGUCAGAUUGUUCGUACGUAUGGAGAGAGUCUAUUUCUUAGGCUAAGCAUAUUUUUCUAGAUGUCAUGUAUUUAUAACCACUUUUGUAUAUGAGGCUGUAUAGAAGUGUAAUUGUAUUAUUUCUUAUUCUCCCUUAAUGUUUACUUCUUCAGAGGAUCCCAUAUGGGCAGUGUUAUUUCACCAAUGAUUUGUGCAAUUCUGGCUGUUACAUUAGACUCGCUCUAUAUUUUCUGUAAUAAUACAAAUAAAAUUAUUUCUGUUUUUAAGUUUCAAAACACCCAACUUAGCUCUGCUUUCUGGCUGGGUUCAUAUGCUUGCUGUGUGGGUAUCUGUCUGUCUGUGCGUGUGCAUGCAUGUGUGUGUGUGUGUGUGUGUUUGUGUGGGUACACGUGUGGGUAUGCAUAAAUUAACAUUGUGGGGACCAAAUGCCCCCAAAUUGUGACAAAAACCUGUUAUUUUGACAUUGUGGGAUAUUUUUCUGGUCCAUUCAACUAAAUUUUUAUGAAAAUCAGUGACUACAAUCAAGAAAAUUUUUUUUUAAAUAUUUUUUGUUCGGUCCCCACAAGAAGAAAUUCAAUUUUAUAGAAAAGAUUUAACUGUAAUCAAAAAUGCAAAGAAAACUAAAAAUGUUUGGUUACUUAUGUUGGCAGGGCUGGGUAGGGGUCAGGGUGUCAGUUGCGAUUAGGGUUUUGCCCAUAGAUUUGAAUAGAGGGUCCCCAUAAAUAUACGAGUACUGGUCUGUGUGUGUGUGUGUGUGUACCAUGGUAUGAUUGUUCCUGGCUAGAACGUAUCGCAGGUAUAUUUGUGGGUCUUUACUAUGUGAAUGUUUGCUGAACAUCUGUCUUAUUUCUAUAAUAAUUUAUUUUAAAAUAUUCCCUUUUGACUUCCCAUUCCCUUUGGGUGUUUGCACCCACUGGAGUAGACAUCAUAAAUAUUCAUAUUUAGUAUAAAUCUUCUGGCCAGACUAUUAAUUGCACAGUUCAAGCAAGAUAUAUGUAAAUGUGUGUAUAUAUAAUAUAUUUUAUAAGUUUCUUUUAGUUGUAUCAUACAGGAAUGAUGUUCAUUAAAAUAUAAAUGAAAUGUU